UGUCAGUUGUAGCGACGACUCCGCACGAAGUUUGUGUAGUUUAAAGGCACAUAUAUAUUAUAACAUAGGCGCACUCUUUCGUAAUAAGCAAAAGUAGAAUUACAAAAAAGAAAAAAAAAAAAAAAAAGAAAUAAAUAAAAAAAGGCAAAAUAAAAAAUAAAUAAAUAAAUAAAAAAUUUUAUUACAUAUUCCACAUAUAUAUAUAUAUUACAUAUAUAUAUAUACAUUAUAUAUAUACAUUAUAUAUAUACAUAUAUAUAUAUAUAUAUAUAUAUAUAUAUAUACAUAUAACGCAGUCUUCGAUAAUGCCACGUUCAUUUGUCCAUUGGAAAAAUGUCGUAUUCUUAUAUAUUGUACAAUUAUUCUCACAUGCAAGCUGUACGGUGGAUGUGCAGCUAAUUGCACCGCGAUACGUUAAGUCUGGCAGUACGGCAACACUCUAUUGUAAUCAUAGUAUUCCAGAAGAUCAAUUAUAUAAGAUAGAAUUCUUGAAGGAUGAUGAAAAAAUAUUUCAAUAUAUAAAAGAAAGAAAUCCACCGUUCGUUAUACCGGGGAUCGACGGUGUAUUUAUGGAGUACUCGGAAAAUGGCACGACAAUCAAACUAAGGAACGUUAGUUUUUUGGUGUCCGGUACAUAUUAUUGUGCAGCUUCUAUGUCGACUCCUAUUUAUACAAAACCUUCCGAUAAUGUACAAAUGAAAGUAAUAGUACCACAGACUGAGAAUCCGAAGAUUACAUUUGGAAAGAACGUUUAUAUGGUCGGUGACAAUUUAGAAGCAAACUGUUCGUCCUCAGCGGCGUCACCUGUUCCUCAUUUAACUUGGUUUAUAAAUGGAAAAGAGGUGGAUGUCACAUUGGUACAUCACUAUCCUCAUACUCCCCAUAGUAAACAUCUAUUAUCUGCAACUGCUAAAUUAAUGAUAGAGGUAUCUGCAUUACAUACUGGAGAUAAUGGACAUUUGGAUAUCAGUUGUCAUUCUACAAUACCAGAUUAUCCUAUGAAUCAUGAGGAGUAUGCUGAUGUUAGAAAGAAGACAGUAUCAAUUGAGAUUAGACCUACAUCUUUUGCAGUGAGGAGCAUGCACGAAUUAGCAUUGGUGACAAUAUCGUGCAUAAUUUGUGCAAAGCGCACAUUAAUUUCUUAAUACAAGUCAAUUUAUAUUUAAUAAAACUGUAAAAAUAAUAUGCGUAAGUAAAACAAAAAAAAAAAAAAAAAAAAAAAAAAAGAAAAAAGAAAAAAAAAAGAAUAUACGAACGAACAAUCACGUUGUCUUCCUUGAUUAUACAGAAAUGCAGGGUGCAAUGAUCGUAUUAUGUUGCGAAGCUAUCAUUCAUAGACACGGUUUUCUCGUGCAGCUAUUUUUUACUAAUGCUUGAAAUUUUAUGAACUUCAUAAGUGAUUUGUCUCUAUAUAAACGUGUUUUUAGAUUAGAAAUAUUAACUACUUUGUGUGUAUAAGGCUAAACAUACAAUUGAUGUUUCUACAGUCAAUAUUAAGGAGAACAGUACAGUGAUCCACGCAAAUAAAGAUCCCGCAGAAAGCUAAACAUUUGGAAAGAUCAAAAAAGUAAAAAGAAAAAAAAAAAUAAUAAAGAUAAAUAAAAAAAAAAAGGAAAUAUAAUAGUAAAUGUACUUCAUUAAAGUAGAAUGUAUAUAAUGUUUAUUAAUGGAAUGUUUUAUUAUCAUUUAUUUCCAAGGAUGUGUUUAUUUAGGAAAUAAUUCGAAUAUGUAUACAAGAAUUUAUUAAGGAUAUAACAAUUCUUAAGAUUUGUGUUUCUUGCAGUAAAAGUAUGGUGUUGUGUAAAUGUUUUAUUUAAUAAACUAUAUAUUAUAUUUGGAUGAAAAGGAUAAGUAUCAAGAAAAAUGUGCAAACAUUUAAGAAAUGACAUCGUUUGAUGUAAUGAAAUGGUGUUAUAUAAAUUAUUGAAAAAUUCUA